UAAAAGUGUAUCGCUUUCCCAAAAAAAAAUUUCAUUUUUUGCUUAAAAACAGUAAAUUCUAAUUUUCGUCUUAUUUAUUAUUCUUUUCUUGAUCUUAAAACCUAAGAAAUUUUCUGUUAUCGUUAUAAUGUCUAUUGGAUCAAUAAAAUCCAGCCCAAACGAACUUAAUGCUCUUCAAAAUUACGCAAAUGAAAGCGGAACAAACAGUUAUAAAUCGUCUGAAGAUAAGAUUGAUUGGUUAAUAAAUCUAAGCAACCCUGUGUGUACUUUUUGUGACAAGAAAUUCGCUUCUAAGCAUUCUCUUGAGCUUCAUUUUGCUACUCAUACAGGAGAUAAACCAUUUUCUUGUCACAUAUGUAAUAAACGAUUCACUCAGAAAAGCAGUUUACAAACUCAUUCCUUAAUCCAUGAAGGCAAAAAACCACACGUCUGUGAGAUAUGUUACAAAAGUUUUACUGAUAAAAGUACAUGGCGAAAGCAUUGUCUCAUUCAUUCUGGUGUUAAACCUCAUAUUUGCAACAUAUGUCAAAGGGGCUUUGUCCAGAAGAGCACUCUAUUGAAACAUUAUGUUGUUCAUACUGGUGAUAGGCCGCAUGCGUGCGAUGUAUGUGACAAGAGGUUUUCUCAAAAAUUUGCACUAAAAUCUCAUUUAUUGACUCAUUUUGGUCAAAAGACAUUUCCAUGUUCUAUGUGCAAUAAGAAGUUUGCCUCUUGGCACCUGCUGUGUAAACAUGACAAAACACACAAAACAGAGCGUACACAUGUUUGUAAUAUCUGUAAUAAGGCUUUCAAAUCGAAAUAUUCUAUGGAAAAGCAUUUUAAGAAUCACAGCCUAGAUCUCCGUUAUCCAUUCUGCAAAAAAUGCAAUUCUGAUUCUUGUACUUGUGAGGCAAAUUUAUCUGUGUUUUUGUGUUCUUCUUGCAAUCAGGAAUACACUGAUAUGAAAAGUUUUCAAGAUCAUAUUUCUUCGCAUUCGGAAAAUGUUAUAAAAGUGCUAAACGAAGACGCAGAACCAAAACAUUUUAAAAGUAAAAAUGUUUUAAAUAAUGGAAAGCUACCUCAUCAAAGACCCAUUUGUCACAAAUAUUCAUUGAAUGAUGUACCAGAGGAAAAAGAUAACUCUGUACAAGAAAAUAUUCAGUGUGAUGUGUGUGGUGAAUUAUUAAAAGAUUAUCAAAGUUUUGAAGAACAUAAAAAAUUUCAUGUGGAUGUUCUCUUUAACGAAAUAUCAGAUUCACUUUAUUGUGAUAUUUGCUCAAAGAGUUUUAAUAGCAAACGAAGUUUAGACAAACAUUUCCGUACUCAUACUUUAGAUAAAUUAAAUGUGUGUAAGGAUUGUGGUGAUAGUUUUGUGGAAGAUUUUGAUUUUGAAAUUCAUUGCAUGAUGCAUAACAGAUAAAAUAUAAUUUUAUCUGUGAUUUUUUUAUUAAAUACAACCUCUUAAUUAUCUAUUGACAGUUAUCUUUUUUGGUGGUUUAUAUGUGGUACAGUUUUUAAAACAAACCUUCAUUCAUGGAGUGCUGCAAUUAUUGCAAAUUUUAAAUGCUAUUUUUUUUCACAAAAAAUUUUUCAACAUGAUAUUCUAGUCGAAAGUAUUUUGCCUGUGUAAAUUGCUGAACUACGUAAUUUCAUUUUCAUUCAUAAAAGAUACUGUUACACAUUAUUUUUGUUGAAGAUUUUGUUAUCUGUUGCAUGAUGUAUAGGGCCAUUCUCCUGUUAUGCACGGGACAUUUGCAGGACUUUGAAGCUUAUAAAAAUAGUAAAAUAAUGGGGUAAUAAAUUUUUUUUUUACAAUUCAAUUCAAAACAAGUCUGUUUCUUAAAGACUGCAUAAAAAAACAAAUAAAAAAUUAAAGUUUAAAUACUUGAAAAGGGAUUUAAUAUAGUCGUUAUGCACGGGACUCAGAAAAAAGAUUAAUUUCUACCCUGACUUC